CGACUGGACAACAAAAGCACGUGAUGUGAAGCCGUACCCCAUAUUUGGGUGCCUACGUAGGAGGGAACCAAGUACAUGUCCCAGUCAUUUCCAUAAUUCAUCAUAAAUUGUGCAAGGGUGCUAUAGACGCACAAAACGACCAAGAGCCACAAAUCAAGCACACAUAUCAAAAAACAAAUGAGCUCUUAUUUUGUAAACUCAUUUUGCGGUCGCUAUCCAAAUGGCCCGGACUACCAGUUACAUAAUUAUGGAGAUCACAGCUCGGUGAGCGAGCAAUACAGGGACUCCGCCAGCAUGCACUCCGGCAGGUACGGAUACGGCUACAAUGGCAUGGACCUCAGCGUCGGGCGCUCUGCUUCCACCCACUUUGGUGCCAAUGAGAGACCCCGCAGUUACCCGGCCAACACCACCUCUGCCUCGACAGAGCCCAGGUACAACCAGCCCGCGACGUCUUCCCACUCGCCUCCCCCUGACCCUCUGCCCUGCACCGCCGUGGCCGGUUCGCCUGUCAGCGAGAGUCACCACGGGGUGAAAAACUCCCUCGCCAACUCCACCAGCACUUCGUCCAAUUCCAGCAGCAACACGCACAUCAGCAGGGACGGGGUUGGCACCUCGUCUGGGACUGAGGAAGACACUCCAGCAAGCAGCGAGCAGGCAAGUGCCCCGACCGACCAAAGCACAGCCCAGCCUUCACAGCCCCAGAUCUACCCCUGGAUGCGAAAACUGCACAUAAGUCAUGACAACAUAGGGGGACCAGAAGGGAAAAGGGCUCGGACUGCUUACACCCGCUAUCAGACCUUGGAGCUGGAAAAGGAAUUUCACUUCAAUAGAUACCUGACCCGCAGAAGAAGGAUUGAAAUAGCACAUGCUCUUUGCCUCUCAGAGAGACAAAUAAAGAUCUGGUUCCAAAACAGGAGAAUGAAAUGGAAAAAGGAUAAUAAGCUGAAAAGUAUGAGCAUGGCAGCUGCAGGAGGGGCAUUCCGUCCCUAAGCGUUUGAUCAAUUAAAAGUACUGAGCAGUAUUAGCUGACCCUGCGUCUCAUGUCAGUACUAAGUUGACUUUCUAAAACUUCCUUGUGUUACUUCUGUGAAGAAACCCUGUUCUUGUCGCCCUUAUUCAUCUUUUAAUCAUGAGCCUGUUUAUUACCAUUCUCUCGCGUGUAUAAGUAGAUCUGCUUUUAUCGUACAUUUCUUUGUCUUGAAUGGCUUUGUCUUGAAAAAAUAAUAGAUGUUUUAACUUAUUUAUAUGAAGCGAGCUGUGUUACUUGAAGUAACUGUUAAAACAAAACAAAACUGAACAAAAAAGGACAAAAAAAAAGAAGGUAAAAAAAAAAAGGAGAGAGAGAAAGAAACCCUCCCCCGGUUUAGUACAAAUGUUAUGUGUUGCACUCAACCUGCUUAACUGUGCAUGUGUGGUCAAGUGUUAAUGUCUGUAUAGCUCCAAGCUGUUAAAAAUAUUUUUAUUCAAACUACCUAUAUAAUUCCUGUGUAAUUAAUGCUGUUGUAGAGGUGAAAUGAUGAAAUCAACUGAACUUGUCCUACGUGUAGUGAAUAGUGAAUCUGUGACGAAAACUGUGAUUCCAAGCAGUAUGUCCUUGCUGUGCCUUUGUAUAUGACUCUUUGCACGAACUCUUAGAAGUGGCUCUUAUUAAGCGCAGCUUCUGUGAUGUAUGUUUUUUGUGAACAAAGUUACAAAUAUAGUCAAAGUCUGGCUGUUUGAGCAAACUGUGAUCAGCUUUUUUUUUUUUGUAUUUGUUUUUAAAAAAAACUGACUGGAAAUCAACAAAAAAAAAUAAA